AACUGAACUGCGCGUGCGCUAAGGAGUCCAGUUUCCGCCGUCGAAAGCCAAGUUGGAAACUGUGGCCGUUCAGCCGCCAUUUUGGCUCGCCUGUGGUAUUAGCUGGAGUUACGGUUGAGCCGUUGAGCGGAUCCAUAAUGGAGCAGUUUCCACAGUGAGCGUGUCGAAACCAAACGGAAACAAAGUACGUCACUUCUCCGUCACGUGAAGUUUGUUUACCUCUGUCCAAAUCUCCACAGCACGUGCUUUGAGACGACGUAAUGGCCGCCCACACCCCAGCCUUCAGUCCAGACGAGGCCCAGAGGAUUGUGGGUCGCUUGCAGCAGCCUGCAGUCUUCUUGAAGAUGACGCACGGGUGGCCUGUCCUCCACUGGACCGCAGAGAACCUGCGUGAACGUCUCGGGGACAGAACGGUUCGCUUCCGACUGGGGAGAAAAGGCGAGACUAACGCUCCACUGUUUGAAACCCAGUGUCCUUACGUUGAAGCAAAGAUGGCUCACUUUCUGAGCUGGGUCAAAGGUGAAGCUGGGGAGGAUGUGGGUCCUUUCUGUGACUACUCCUCAUCGGAGUACUGGGCCUAUGCUGACUACAAAUACAUCGCCAUGCUUUUUGCAGAUCAGCCAGCCAUGUUUGAGGAUGUAAAGUGGGAAGUGUUUGGGUUGGAGGGGCGGAACGGAAAGGAGAGCACCUUAUGGGUCGGCUCCGAGGGGGCCAACACGCCGUGCCACCUGGACUCUUAUGGCUGCAACCUGGUCCUGCAGGUACAAGGACGGAAGCGUUGGCACCUGUUCCCACCAGAGGACACGUCCAAACUGUACCCGACCAGGAUCCCCUACGAGGAGUCCAGCGUCUUCAGCCGCGUGGACGUACUCCAUCCUGACCUGAAGCGGUUCCCUGCAUUUAGGAGCGCCCGGGCCCACACGGUCACCCUACAGCCUGGACAGGUUCUAUACGUGCCUCGACACUGGUGGCACUACGUGGAGUCUGUGGACCCCAUCACCGUCAGUGUCAACUCCUGGAUUGAACUGGACGACGACUAUGCAGCACGAGUUGGCGAGGCCGUGACCAAGACGGUGGUGUGCGCCCUGAAGAGCGGCGAGAACACAGACGACUGGCUCAACCCCACAGAGGAAUGUGUGCCAUCCCAUAAUGAGAACAUGCACUACAUCGACCUGGCAGUCCGGGCCUGUGUUCAGCGACGGAGGACAAACCAAGUCAACUCUGAUGCUCGCACAGCCAAGAGGGACUCCAGUGGACAAAUCAGACGUUGUGAUCUCGAGGCGGUCCCCUUUGGACCGUGUCUUCUUGCUGUACGCCACGUGCCCGAUGACCACGGCAGAGCGAGUCCUCGUACACACGGAGACCACGACGGCAAGACAUCAGAGACAAUCACCACCGACGACCUGCUGGAGUGUCUCCUGCACCCUGACGUCAUCACCAGGGUCACUGAGCUCCUGCUAGACAAGCAGAGGACUCCAUCGUUACAGCAAUAAACAAUCUUUGAUGACUCUUCUUCUUACCGUCCGGUCUGCAUCCAGGAAGCGGGCAGGGCAGGGAAUCAUGCCACCAAACUGUCCACUUUCUACGCCUUUUAUGCAAAGAAGGCAGACGCCUCGCCAUCAAAGUGAAAGAUGGCGGAUGAACACAGCGUAUCGCCUUCUUAUCACAAUGAAGGAUGUCGACGGCGGCGUCCGGCACAAACUAAUCCCGUUUGGAUGUCCUCGCAGGAAGGAUAAACAACAGCUUUGUAUGCUAAUGGCGCAACAUCCUUCAUUUUAAUAACGUUUCACACAUGUAAACACAUUGUAAACAUGUUUUGCUUGCACAAUGUUUUCACAAGCAUGGCAGUGUACUCGCUUUGUACAGAAACACAUGGCGGUGCUAAAUCAUCAGUGCAGCUAAGAUACUUUUUACACUCAUCUCACAACCUAAAGAAAAAAUGGUCCCAAUUUGUACAGCUACUGAUAAAACAUGACAUGAAAGUACUGGUAUUGUAGUGCACAGGCGGUCCUCGGUCUACUAAGACGUUUUGUGAUGCAAGUCGAGUGUUAGUAUAAGCUGAAACAUAUUCACUACCGCUCAAAAGUUUGGGAUCAUUUGCAAAUUUCUUUGUUUUCCAAAUAAAAACACAUUUUCAUGCAUUUCACACAAAAAAAUUCAAUUUCACAAACAAUGAAAAUGAAUCAGAUGAUUUUCAAAGAAGGAUGUAAAUUUUUGCAUAGAGUCCUACUAUCAACAACUGUAAGUCAUUUGCAUCAAUCUUCUGGUAUGGCUGCUAAUCCAAUUUCAUCCUUUUACAAGACUAAUAGAUUAUUAGAAAAGCCAUCUAAAAAUCUAAACUAAAACUAAAAUCUCUUACCAUGCUGUUAACUACUCCCUUCAGAGAGCAGCACAAACUGGGUCUAACAAGGACAGAAAAAUGCUGCACAACUGUGCAAGAAGACAAAUAUCUGAGAGUGUGUAGUUUAAGACAAAGACGCCUCACAGGUCGUCACCUGGCAGCUGUACUAAAUAGUAGCCGUCAAACACCAGUGUCAGUAUCAACAGUGAAGCGCCGACUUCAGGAUGCUGGACUUCCUGGCAGGACUGCUCAGAAAAAGCCAUAUCUCAGACUGGCCAAAAACAUUUCAAGUGAUCCCAAACUUUUGAGCGGUAGUGUACGUACCUAAAUUACCCCUGAGUCAUAAAACACACAACACAUGAAAGACUUAAUAUGAUUAAAUAUGACAACUAAAUGAGAGCAAGUCCUUACUUGGGAAGGGGUGUUUGCAAGGGAUGAAGAUACAGGCUUAUAGGGAGGAAGACCACAACACUGCUUUGGCUAUAUUCACCUGCAGGUCAGGUCAAUUCAGAUUUUUUUUUUUUGUGCUCAUAUGUGAAUAUUUUUCAUGUCAGUGUGAACAGUACAAUCACGAUUUUUUUCAAAUGUGACUGAGGCCUCAUUUUUAUGAAGACUUUUGUUUGUUUUUGUUCCUGUUUUUUUAAUUAGCGGAACUCAAAGAUAUAAAACUUUUUUUCUAUGUACACAAAAGGCCUCUCUGUAUACAUCUGUGAUCAUUCAUUAUUCAUAAUCUACCUAUUAUUGCACAGGUAUGCAUGAGGUUGGCCACAAUAAAAGUGCGGUUUUGUGCAACCGUAUCGGAGGCGGGUCCAGAGGCGUCCGAAAACCACCAUUUGCCUCAAAUAGUGAUCAAGAGCAUCCCAAACAUGCUUAGUGGGAAGAUUUUAGAUUUUAGCGAGUUUAGUGGAGAAGCCUUUUAUUGUGGCCAACCUACGGCACAACUGUGCAAUAAUCACAAUAAUGAAUGAUUGUGAACAAUAGCUGUAUACGUAGAAAUUAGCUCAGAUUAUGAAAAAUGUGUUGUAUUUAUAUUUUUGGUGAGAAAUCGCAUACGUGUUUUAUCUACUGCACAUCAUCAUCGGUCAGUGUGAUACUCGGAUAAAAGGUAUCAGUGUCAUUGAAGCGGCUUACAUCAAAGUCCGCCUCGGAACAGACGUCGUAGAGCCCUCUUCCAAAUCUCCUGCGUAUUCUUUUGUCGUAUGCACGUAAAAAGGCGGUCUGUGUGUUUUUACAGUAUUAAUAACUCGUGGGAGUGCAUUUUAACCCAAGGACCGCCUGUAUAAAAUACUCAGAGGGGGUACAUAGUAGAUUUUAAACACUACAAGACAUUCCUGCCAUGGUGGUCCAAUAUCAUCUAAAUAAAGGCAACAAUUAGCAUCUCAAGAAACAAGCCACAAAAACCUGAUUAUUCAGUCUUCACAAUUUAAAAAGUACAAAUAUUUCACUAACCUUUAUGACACAUAAGUGUCAGCCACCUCCUUCAGUAUAAAAAAAAAUCAAAUAAAGAUUAUACAUACAUGGCUGUCACUACAGUCUGGUGCUCUUGUCUGCUUUCUUCAUCUGAAUGUUGUCUCUUUUCUUCUUCUGCAGUGCGUCUUCAUCCUCGUCCUCCAGGUAGAGCUUGUCCAUCUGCUGAGGCUGCACAUACGUGUAGAAGUAGGCCAUGAUGGAGAAGAUGAUGCAGACGCCCAUCAGCAGCCCGGCGAACAGAAGGAAUUCUUUCCACUGCCAAGGACACGAGAUAGAGGCCCGCCCCCUCAGCCACAAUCAAAACAAUGACGUUCCCGAAGGCGACGGUGAGCAGCCACCCGGCCUGCAGCACUGACUUCAUAUUGGCGGGGGCCUGCAGAGAGACCACAUACACUGUCUCACCGACACAACAUGAGGACCGGCUUCUAACGUCUAACUGGACCACAAACUAACCUGCGAGUAGGAGAACUCAAGACCCGUGACGGAGAACAUAACCUCCCCCGCCGUGAUGAGAACGUACUGGGGGAUCUGCCAGGCGAUGUGCACGUUGUUGGCCUGCACGUCCACCAUCUUGUGGGCCGCCAUUGUACCCGAAUCCUAAGAAAACCGAGCAUAGUGAGGACUCUGUCGGGACGGACAGGACACAAGAGCUGCGCUUUCUGACCUCCGCCAGGAUGACGGUGUAGGAGGCUCCAAAGUCCAGAAGUCCGAGGUCGAGGUCAGAGCACGUCUUUGACUUGAAACUGCAGUGCACCUUGUUGUACCUGCAAGAAGAUGCUUCAUUAUGUCGCUGAUAUCAUCUCGUCUGAUAUCAUAUCAUAAUAUUGCUACAUUUCCCCAGCCUAAAAAAAUAACAUACUGUAUUUUUUUAUUUAAUAUUUCAACUGAACUUAAUAAAAUUACA